CUGCUCAAUAUGAAUGCUCUUCGGUCUGGUUCCGCUUUCGCUCGCCGGUCCCUGGUGACCCCUCCUCUCUCUCCCUCUUCUUCUCGUCUUCUCUCUUCUCAAACCUUCACUUCUUUCUCUUCCACUUCCAAGAGAUCCCUCUCCUCGAACUCUAUCCUCCCGCGUACUAACAGAAUCACUUCUGCUUCACCUUCCCGCUGGUCCGGAUCGACUUCGUUGUACCUUAACAAAUCUCGCACCAUGGCUUCCGAAAGCACCAAGAUCAAGGUUAAAAACCCUGUUGUGGAACUGGAUGGUGAUGAGGUACGAUCUUUCUCCCCUUUAUAUAGAUUGAACUCGCCGGUGAACCUAGACCUUAACGGCCCGAGGUCGAUGCACAUGCCAAUGCUUAUCACUGUAACAUUUAACAUUGCUAAUAUGGUGAUCUUGGAAAUUUUAGAUGACCCGUAUCAUCUGGCAAGUUAUCAGAGAAAAGACCACCAAAUUAGCUUCCUCGAUAUUGACCUCAAGUACUAUGAUUUGGGUCUUGAGUACCGUGAUGAGACCAAUGACCAGGUCACCAUUGACUCCGCCGAGGCUAUUAAGAAGUACGGUGUCGGUGUCAAGUGCGCCACCAUCACUCCCGAUGAGGCCCGUGUGAAGGAGUUCAAGUUGAAGAAGAUGUGGCUCUCUCCCAACGGAACUAUCCGUAACAUCCUUGGCGGAACCGUUUUCCGUGAACCUAUCAUUAUUCCCACAGUUCCCCGUCUUGUUCCCGGCUGGAACAAGCCCAUUGUUAUUGGUCGUCACGCCUUCGGUGAUCAAUACCGUGCCCAAGACCGUGUCAUCCCUGGCCCCGGUAAGCUGGAGCUCGUCUACACCCCCGUUGGUGGUGAGCCCGAGCGUAUUCAGGUCUAUGACUUCGAAGGUGGCGGUGUUACUCAGUGCCAGUACAAUACUGAUGAGUCAAUCCGUGGAUUCGCUCACGCUUCUUUCAAGAUGGCUCUCCUCAAGGGUCUGCCUCUGUACAUGAGCACUAAGAACACCAUCCUUAAGCGCUACGAUGGCCGCUUCAAGGAUAUCUUCCAGGAGAUCUUCGACAAAGAGUAUAAGAAGGAGUUCGAUGCCAAGAACAUCUGGUACGAGCACCGCCUGAUCGACGAUAUGGUCGCUCAGAUGAUUAAGAGCGAGGGCGGCUUUGUUAUGGCCCUGAAGAACUACGACGGUGAUGUCCAGUCCGACAUUGUCGCCCAGGGUUUCGGCUCCCUCGGUCUGAUGACAUCCACCCUGGUCACCCCUGACGGCGAGGCCUUCGAGGCCGAGGCCGCCCACGGCACAGUCACUCGCCACUACCGCGAGCACCAGAAGGGCAAAGAGACCUCUACCAACCCCAUUGCCUCCAUCUUCGCCUGGACCCGUGGUCUGAUCCAGCGUGGCCAGCUCGACAACACCCCUGAAGUUGUCACCUUCGCUGAGCAGCUCGAGCGUGCCUGCAUUGACGUUGUCAACGAGGAAAAGAUCAUGACCAAGGAUCUUGCCCUGGCCUGUGGUCGCAAGGACCGUGAGGCCUGGGUCACCACCUCCGAGUACAUGGCUGCCGUUGAGCGGAGACUCAAGGCUAACCUCAAGUCCGUCAACUUGUAA